AUGAAUGUCGACGAGCAACCCAGUAGCAACAACGAUCCAUUGUCGAGAACUACAAAAGAUUUAGAUCAAGAAAAUUUACUCGCUCUUGUUUCUGUACGUCCUCCAACACCAGAUAAAUGUGCUGUAUGUUUAAAUAAUAAACAAACAGAUAUUAUUGCUCGAAUCGACUCAUGUUCACAUACAUUUUGUUUUUCUUGCAUUCUUGAAUGGUCAAAAGUUCGUGCUAUUUGUCCAUUAUGUAAACAACCAUUUAGUGUCAUAACACGUGAACGUUAUUCUGGUGAUAUUGUUGAAGAAAUCUGCGUACAAACACCACGACGACCAUCCCGACAACCACCAAAUUUUACUAAUCUUAAUGAUAUUCUAAAUUGGUUUGAUGCACGUCACCGUGGAACAGAUACAGUCGACAAUACUAGACGUGAUGAUAUAUUUCGACAAAUGGUUUAUGUCGAAUGGUUAAACACAAUACAGUCACUUGUUCGUCGGCCAAAUAACACUUUAAGAACUUCUACUCAAUCAACCUUAGCCCGUUCAACUAAUUCAUCGUCUUGGGCAAAUAUAAUACCUCUUGAUUCUAUACGUCGUCUUCUACAUCGUUAUUUACGUCAGACAACAUCUGAAUUACGCCAAUCAACUAUUUAUUCUCAAUCAACACGUCAAACAGUUGCAUUUCGUAAAUAUGUUUAUAUACAUCGUCUAUUUGUUCGUAGUCCACUAGUUGGACAUAACCUUGAUACAUUAAGUGUACGAGAAUGUUCACCAACAUGGUAUGCUUCAAAUCCAGCUUGUCUUCAUCGUCUCGUACCAUUUUUAGCAAGAGAAUUAUUAGCUUUAUUGUGGAAUGAUGAAAGAACUAUUGAAAAUGCAAUACAAGAAAUUCUAACAGCUAUUCAAUUGCAUGAAAUACGUUCGAGUUUUCUGGCAAGAAAAUUAAAUGAAUAUCUUGGACGUUAUACAAAACAUUUUAUACAUGAAUUUUAUACAUUUGCUCGUUGCCCAUACGAUUUAGCUGGUUUCGAUUGUCAUGCUCAAUAUUCGACAAUGAAUCCAUCACCACCAGUAAGAUCACCAAUGGAAAUCUCACUUGAUGACGAUGAGAACGAUGAUGGAAAUGAAGAAACACCAAUUAUUAUUGAUGAAACUAAUGAUGGAUCAACAAUCGAUACAAUUGAUAUUGUUUCUUCACCACAAACAAUAACAACGACAGAAUCUGAACAUCAAUCAUCAUCACCAGAAUGUGAAAUUGUUGAAUAUGUUGAACCUAGCAUUGCAAGAACUCCUAGUCUAAUUGUUUUGUCUGAAGAUGAAGAUGAAGAUGAAGAUGAAAAUGAAGAUGAGGAUGAGGAUGACGAUGAUGAUAAUGAAAAUAAUAAUGACUCACAAGUACAAGUUUCAUCAUCUACGAAGCGGAAAUAUAAUCAUGGUCACAACAAUAGAUGUAAAAAACAGCAAACAACUUCAAUAAUAGAAAUUGAUUCUCCGACAAGUGUAAUAGUGGACGAUGAUGAUGAUGAUGAACCACAACGAACAAAUUCUAAUCAAGAACAAUUAACAGAAGAAGAAAAUCAGCAAUAA